AUGGAAAUACAAUACAAUAAUAUUGGUAUGGAAGGAUUACUUAUAGCGAAGAUGGGAUUGACUUCUAGGAGGAUUCAGAACCAUAUAGGAAGCACAUAAAACAUGACUCUUGUUGUCCCGUGACUGCGAUGUUUCAGCUACCAUGACUAGCACAGUACUCCUUCAUCCUGGCUGCAUCUUUCAUCCUGGCUGCAUCUUUUCACCUGAAGUACCAAGAUCUGGAGUUCCCAGGAAUACCUGUGUGUGCAAGAAAAAUUCUGGCAAAGUCCUUAAAACAUAUGAGAUUGCAGAGGGAGGGAAGCGAGAGAGUGGUUGCCUGCCUGACCAACCAUGAAGAAACUGUGAGACCUUACUUUUAUUUUAACUUGCUUAGCUUCUUGGUUAAGGUCCUUAAAAUUAUGUAACAGAACAGGUUGUCUCCUGGUGUUGAAGUGCUCCGUCUUUGUUUCAGUGACAAUCUGAAACACACACUUCUGAAAACUGCAUUAUGGAUUUAUGCAGCUAAAUUCUCCAAAGAUUCCAUCUUUCCUGUGCCUUUUCCAUUCCCACACGGCAGUUCUGUGCCAGCUGGAUUAAUUCAUUAUUCCUGUGUAGAAACUCAGCACACCCUGGUCUAAGCCUCCUCAGCAUGAGCAGAACCUCGCCUGUCUUUCCUUCCUGCAGCAGAGAAGCCGCAUCAUGCCACAAGCAUAGCUGAGAGCAGUGAGCUGCUCAGUUACCUUGGUAAUCUGGAGAGGAAGAAAACACCAGAAAUGACCAAAUCCUGAAGAGAACUGGGGUGGAAAUCUGCAAGGAAACAGACAUGGGAAAGUAGGACAGGGGAAAUAAGACGGGUGAGGGAAAGAAGGAAUGAUCUGUUGCAGAAGAACUAUGGUUCAUCUCGUCCUCAUGCCAGCCAAGUUAACUACCCAGCAGUGACAUGUGAAAGGCAAAGGGAAUUUCAUUUAACUAAAAAAAAAAAGUCAGAACUGACUAAGACUUGAAUUCCAGCUUACAGAUGCAGCAAGUCUUUUAAGGACAUUGACAGCUGACAGACAGUCAAUUCCUGUCUUUCUCAACAGUCCUGCAGCACUUAACACUCUUGACUGCAGAUACUGUGGUCCUAAACUGUGAAUUUAAAGGGAUAUUUAAAGGAGGUUCAUGUUAAAGGGCCAACCCAGUAAGUAUUGGUUAGGAAAUGUUAUAUUCAUUGUCAGAUCUAUCAUAACAAGAAAGUCAUGCAUCCAUUAAGUGAAACAAACAACUAAGACUGAAGUGCCAAAAAUGCAGUGUUGUAUUCCUUCUACUUUAUAACCAUGCAGCUUCAUUUUCACCUUUUCAGAUGCCAGGCUCAACACCCUAUUUCUAUAUGUCUUUUAUAUACUUGCAUAAAUACUUUACACACAACUCUAUUAAUGUUGGCUUUCUUAUGACUGCCAGUAUUACCACCCACCUUCUCACCAUCUGAGAGUUUUACAAAUAUUUAUGAACAUUUAUCAGAUUCCUAUGAAAUACUGGUAUUUUAUUAUCCACCUACUACAAGGAUCCCCAGUUCCCUGAAGUAGGGAGAUGCUGUGGCAGAUAUAUCCACUGAUUCUGGAUGCACUUUUUCUUGGAGCCUUUGUGUUUCUUCUAAAUUUAUUUACAAACAGAAAACCUAUUGACUUAUAUUACAUCACUCUGUUCUGACCUUUUGCAUUUCAAGCCCUUUGUGCCUGAAGGGUGGUAAAAAGUACAGCACAAAAUGAACGAUCACCUGCGAAGAGAUGAGUGGAGGAAGUCUGGAAUCUGAUCCUGCACAGGAAAGCCUUUAGGAGCUUUGCCAUUGACUUCAGUGAUGUUGGCGAUGGCAGAGACUGAAAAUAAUCCAAGAGCAAAUUUUCCUUCCUUCUAUAACAGAACUGUUUAUGCUGAAUAUAAGUAUCAGCAUAUGAGAUAUCAACAAGAUAAAUCCAACAAGAUAAAACAAGAAAACAAGCUAAAAUAGGGAUUCAAUGAAGCACAACAUAGUCAUCUUUGAAAGUGUGGUAUAGGACUACAAUUGGCAUGCAAGAAGUGUUUAAAAGAUGGAAUACUCAAAUCACCCAAAUCAAAUAUUUGAAUAGAUUCGGGAGUGGAAAUGGAAAGGUGAAAAGAAGAAAAUAUUUGAUUUGAGAUUGUACCUCUGGAUUCCGGCCAAGACACUAAUAGUUUGGAUUUACCUAUCAUUUCUUAACAGGAAAAAAUAAGAAGAAAAAAAAAAUAGAUGUUAUAUCUGACUGGUGUAUGUGUAGGACAUUCACAGAAGUAGAAAAAUGAAAGAAUUUGUAAGCUCCUCUAGGAGGCUUAUUGCCCCUUUCUGAAAUCUGAGUUUUGCUUCAAGGAUAUGAAUAGAAUAACACACAUAGGAAAAUGCCAUAACUCUUUGUCCAUUUUUUAUUAAUUACAGAACAUAAAAGAAUUUGUUUUCUAUUCUCUAAGAAGCCUGUGACAUUAAAGGGACGUGUCAAAUAAAUUUCACGCUCCUCUUUAGUAGAGAUAAACAAUAACCCGGAGGUUAAAUGAGUAAGAAUCCCCAGUCCCCUUCCACCUCUCAUACAGAGCCAUUUUCUGCUGGAAAACAAAAAAUUACUUUCUCCUGGAACUGAAUCAGAAGGCAGACCCGUCAUUCAGUAGCCAACAUAUGAUUCAGCUCAGCUUUUCAAUAAGUUAUAAAGUCCAAAAGCCACCAAAAAAGGGUUUUUGAAUUAGAGGGCUGCCUCGUUUUAACUCUUCUGAAAUGCUUGCUGAGCACUCCUGUGAAUCAUGCCUGCUGCAAGAGGAGCACCUCUGAGUUAAGAAAGCAGUGACUGUCGGUGACAGCGGGCAAGCAGACACUCCCUCUAUCGAGGGACAGCCUUUAUUCAACUGAAAGAACUGACCUGGAAACAUGCAUUUACAAAUAUCCUUACUGCUGCUGUUUUGCCUAAACAUAGUCCAUGGGAGUGAUGGAUAUUUUUCUGAGCGAUAUCAGAAACAAUCCAGCAUCAAGGGGCCACAUUUUCUACCAUUCAAUGUAAAGAGUCAAGGUGUACAGAUAAGAGGCGAACAAGGACCCCCCGGUCCCCCAGGCCCUAUUGGACCAAGAGGACAACCAGGUCCUGCAGGAAAACCAGGGUUUGGAAGUCCUGGACCCCAAGGUCCCCCUGGUCCCCCAGGACCACCUGGAUUCUCUGCUGUUGGAAAGCCAGGAAUGCCAGGUCUACCAGGGAAGCCAGGAGAGAAAGGAUUAAAUGGUGAAAAAGGAGAAGCUGGACCUGUUGGGCUCCCAGGAGCAAGAGGGCCACAAGGACCCCCCGGCAUUCCUGGCCCUGCAGGACUGUCUGUCCCUGGCAAGUCAGGACCACAAGGCCCUCCAGGAGCUCAAGGUCCACGGGGCCUCCCUGGUGAGAAGGGAGAGCCAGGUAUUCCUGGUAUAAAUGGACAAAAGGGAGAAAGUGGGUUUGGUGUUCCAGGCCGCCCAGGUAACAGGGGUCUUCCAGGCCCGCAGGGACCUCAAGGCCUCCCAGGUCCUGCUGGGAUAGGGAAGCCUGGAGAAAAUGGUCUUCCAGGUCAACCAGGUAUGAAAGGUGACAGAGGUCUGCCUGGUGCACGUGGAGCAACUGGUAUCCCAGGUCCGCAGGGUCCACCAGGAGAACCUGGAGAAGCUGGCAUCGGUAAGCCUGGCCCAAUGGGACCACCAGGAGCAGCAGGCAUCCCUGGAGCCAAAGGACACCCUGGACCUGCAGGCUUGCCUGGAUCCCCAGGUCUUCCAGGAUUUGGAAAGCCAGGAUUGCCAGGGAUGAAGGGACACAGAGGGCCUGAAGGACCUCCUGGCCUUCCAGGACCUAAAGGAGAUCAAGGCCCAGCUGGUGUGCCGGGAGAACCAGGUCCUGCUGGGUCACCAGGGAACAUGGGCCCCCAAGGACUCAAAGGCUUGCCCGGUGAGAACGGCCUGCCCGGACCCAAAGGUGACAUGGGCCCUGCAGGCCCUGCAGGAUUCCCAGGAGCCAAGGGUGAAAAAGGUUUACCAGGAUUAGAUGGAAAACCAGGAUACCCAGGUGAGCCGGGUCUCGCUGGUCCUAAGGGACACCCGGGUCUCCCAGGUCCAAAAGGCGACACUGGCCAUGCUGGGCUACCUGGCCUGCCCGGUCCAAUGGGCCCACAAGGAGUUAAGGGACUGCCAGGCAUCAAUGGUGAACCAGGACCCAGAGGACCUUCAGGAAUUCCUGGGAUCAGAGGCCCCAUCGGUCCCCCUGGCAUGCCAGGAGCCCCUGGUGCUAAAGGUGAGCCAGGAGCACCAGGACUGCCAGGCCCAGCAGGUAUUGCUACAAAAGGCUUAAGUGGACCCAUGGGACCACCUGGACCCCCUGGGCCUAAAGGCAACAAUGGAGAGCCUGGCUUGCCAGGUCCCCCAGGUCCUCCUGGUCCCCCUGGCCAAGCCGUAAUCCCACAGAUGCCAGAAGGCUAUGUUAAAGCAGGAGAGUCUCGAGAACUAUCAGGAAUGUCUUUCAUGAAAGCAGGAGUAAACCAAGCUCUCACAGGAAUGCCAGUGUCUGCUUUCAGUGUCAUUCUCUCAAAAGCUUACCCUGGGGCAACAGUCCCUAUCAAAUUUGACAAAAUCUUGUACAAUAGGCAGCAACACUAUGACCCCAGAACAGGAAUCUUCACCUGCAGGACCCCUGGACUGUACUAUUUCUCCUACCACGUACAUGCAAAAGGAACAAAUGUUUGGGUUGCACUCUACAAAAAUGGUUCCCCCAUCAUGUACACUUAUGAUGAAUACCAGAAAGGAUACCUUGACCAGGCCUCUGGCAGUGCUGUCAUCGAUCUCAUGGAGAAUGAUCAAGUAUGGCUCCAGCUGCCAAAUUCAGAAUCCAAUGGCCUCUAUUCCUCUGACUAUGUUCACUCUUCUUUCUCAGGUUUCCUAUUUGCUCAGAUCUAACACCAUCCCACUUACACUGUCCUGACACUCUCUCCUUCAGUCCAUUUUAACCGGGUACUGAUCUGAUGUCCUUAGCAGGUCAUGCAGCUUCAAUUUUGCAACAAAAACUGAAGAGGGAGUGAGAAGGUGGAAGAGAUUGGUUCAAACCUAGUAGAAUAAUAUUGUUUGUUUCUAGAGAAUUGUCAUAGGAAAUUUGUUUCAAAACAAUGAUUAUUUGUCCAACCAAAUGCAACAUUAAAACUU